AUGCAGCCAUGCAGCGUUCCAGGCGCUCGGGACGUGGUGGCCCGGCUCUUCAGGGGCCUCGUCUGGUGGACCGCCGCUGUGGGAUCGCAGGUGCCGCUGUGGGAUCGCACUGUGGGAUCGCAGGCGCCGCUGUGGGAUCCGCGAGGCGCCCCUGCCCCUGCCCCCGCCCCGGCCCCUGCCCUCGCCCUCGCCCUCGCCCUCGCCCUCGCCCCCGUGCACACGGACCUUCCCCCUCAGCCUUGCCGCCAACGAACCCAAGUUCCCGCCACCCCUUCCGCCGCAACCAUCCGACGCUUCCCUCGACUACUCCUCAACCGGCGGCGACCCGGCAGCCUCUGCCUCUGCCUCUGCCUCUGCCUCUGCCUCUGCCUCCCUCCCACAGCGCCCAUCACCACCCCGCGCGCCGCCACCAUGGAGAUCCCCAAGUUCCGCCGCAAGCCCAAGGCGCCCACCAUAGCCACCGACCCCAAAACCCUCACCCUCACCGUCCCCGACGCCGCCGAACCCUCCCCGACGAGCAACGCCAUCCCCCUCGCCGUCUCGGCGACAACUCCCGGCAAGCAGGGCAGCUUUCGCAAGAGCGCCCUGCGACACCUUCGCUCCUCGGCCAAGCGCGCCCGAUCCCCAGCGCCGCCGCCGCCGCCGCCGCCGCCAGCCUCCUCCUCGCCCCCUCCGACCUUGGCUUCGACCCGUGAUGGCCUCGCCGACGCCAUGCCUGCGUCACCUGUCUCCCUGCGGCACCGCGACGGACUGCUGGCGGAGUCGCCGGAGAGGAGCAAGCUGAGGAUGCCUUCGUUCCUCGACUUGUCGCAAGAAGGCAUCCACUCGAAAUUCCAGGAUCUCACUUGGACCGAACGCAACCGCCUGCACAACGCCAUGGCCCAGGAGGCCGCCACGAAUCCCGACUCGACCUACCGAUAUGCCGUCCAUAAGCAGGUCGACAUGCGCCGCGGCGUCAUGGACCGCUACUGCAACAUCAAGCCCUACAACCGCAACCGCGUGCGCCUGCGCGUCCCCGACGGCACCCUCGACUACGUCAACGCCUCGGCCGUCGUCCUGCCCUCGCCGCGCAGAAGCCUCGGGUCGCCCGCCCCGGCCCCGGCCCCGGCCUCGGCCCCGGCCCCGCUGCGCUACAUCGCCAUGCAGGGACCCGUCGAGAACUCGGUCGACUCCGUCUGGCGCAUGGUCGCCGAGCAGUUCGACUCGCCCGUUGUCAUUGUCCAGCUGACGACCAUGUUCGAGAACGGCGCCAUCAAGUGCUACCCGUACUUCCCCAUGUCCGCCGAGGACGAGCCCUGGAUUCUCAACGAGGACGACGCCUGGGACGACGGCUGGGGCGCCGAGCUGCGCUUCGACUCGAUGGAGACGCUCGAGGACGGCGCCAUUGAGCUGCGCAAGCUCAUCCUGCGCGUCGCGCCGCCGCCGCCCCCUGCCGCCCUCGCCCCUGACGCCGGUGUCGACGCCGACGACGCCGACAUUGAAGUGACGCAGACGGGCCUCGCCGGCGCCCGAGCCCACGGAGCAGCUUUCCUCACCAUCAUGCGCCUCUCGCGCGACUACACACCGGCGGCAGCAGUCGGCAGCAGCAGCAGCAACAGCAACAACCUCUCGGACACGGACUCGACGUCAGCAGCCCCAUCCGGCCCGCCCCCGCGCAUCGUCCACUGCAGCGCCGGCGUGGGCCGCACGGGCACCUUCAUCACGCUCGAGCACCUCAUGCGCGAGCUCGACGCCGGUCUCCUCGAAGCCUACCCGGCCGCGGCGCCCGACCUCAUCCACGCGACGGUCGAGGCCCUCCGCGAGCAGCGGCCCAGCAUGGUCCAGGCGCCGCCGCAGUUCCUCUUCCUCUACAGCGUGCUGCGGCGCAUCACGCCCGUCUUCUACAAAAAGGCCAAGACGACGAAGAAGGUCAUCCUGCGGGUGGAAUGUGUUAAGUGCAAGACCAAGCUGCAGCUGGCGCUGAAGCGCUGCAAGCACUUCGAGCUUGGUGGCGACAAGAAGACGAAGGGUGCGGCUCUGGUGUUCUAA